CCCCCACCCCGCGGGCGGCUGGGAUUUGUAGUCUCAACGUCCGGCUCGGCAGGGAACCCGACCCCGACCCCGCUCCCAGCCAAACAUUAUAGAGGCUCCCAACCGCUCCUCUCGGUCGGGAAGCAGCUCUUGUCAGCCAUGGGGAAGUCGUUCGCCAACUUCAUGUGCAAGAAGGAUUUCCAUCCGGCUUCCAAAUCCAACAUCAAGAAGGUUUGGAUGGCAGAACAAAAAAUAUCUUAUGAAAAAAAGAAACAAGAAGAACUAAUGCAGCAGUACAUAAAAGAGCAAGAAGUGUACGAUAACAGGUUACUUAUGGGUGAUGAACGUGUAAAGAAUGGGCUUAAUUUUAUGUACGAGGCACCUCCAGGAGCAAAGACUGAGGCAGAAGAAGGCGAGACUGAAUACAAGUUUGAAUGGCAGAAAGUCGCUCCACGAGAAAAAUAUGCCAAGGAUGAUAUGAACAUUAGGGAUCAGCCUUUUGGAAUCCAGGUGCGGAAUGUUAGGUGCAUUAAGUGUCAUAAAUGGGGUCAUGUAAAUACAGACCGUGAAUGUCCAUUAUUUGGACUCUCUGGAAUCAAUGCAAGCUCAGUUUCGACAGAGGGUGCAGGUCCAUCAAUGCACCCCACAGAGCUGAUGGCAGAGAUGAGGAACAGUGGAUUUGCGCUGAAACAGAGUGUAUUGGGGAAGAAAUUAAUUCCAAAUGACCCAUCACAGGAAUACAUAGCAAGUGAAGAAGAUGAUGAUCCCGAGGUAGAGUUUUUAAAGUCUCUAUCUACUAAACAGAAACAGAAGCUUUUGAGGAAACUUGAUCAUCUUGAAAAAAAGAAAAAGCGAGAGAAGAAAAAGCAGAAAAAGAAAAGCAAACACAAGAAAAAAGAAAUCAGUCCACCCACUACCAGCUCUUCCAGCGACAGUGAUUAUGAAAUUGAAAAGAAAGAAAGUCGCAGCAAAAAUAAACAUUUAAAGGGAGGUAGGGAUUCUUCAUCGGGCAAUAGAGAAAUUCAUAAACAAAAACUCGACAAAACCUAUUCAAGCAGUUAUUUCAAGCCUGAAGAUGAGGACGUUGAAGUUCAUGGCAAGAGUCACAGAAGUAAAGGUAACAAAGGCAGUCAACAUAGCAGCAGAAGUGACAGGAAGCGAAAUGAUCGGAGCAGAAGUCGUAGCAGAGAUGCAGAUGGAAGAACAGAAGAAAAGGACAGGCAUAGUUCAAAUUAUAGGAGAGAAAAGUACUCUGAUGAAAAACAUGUGAGUAGAAGCCAGAGCACACAUAGCAAGGACAAGAUUAGAAGUAUCGGGUACACAUCAGGAGAUGCAAGACAUAGGAAGUGAGGCUCAAGUAAGGCAGUGACCCGCAUGGUACUGAGACAAGAAGCAAACCAGUAACAAUUAAGGGUGGGAUAUGUCAUAAAGGUAUGACAACAGAAUGUGAGGUCUAUGAACUGAAUAAAUGAUUUUCUAUUGUAAAUACUAAAAACACUGGAAAUGCUCAUCAGGCCAGACUGCAUCUGAGGGGUGAGAAACAGUUAACAUUUCGGGUAGAUGCCAUUUCUGAUGAAAUGUUGAAUUUGCUUUUCUCUCCAUAUGUAAUAGACGCUAUGGGACCUACUGAGCAUUUUCUGUGUUGAUUUCGGAUUUUCAGCAUGUGCAGUUAUUUGCUUCUAAUUGAAUUUUCUAUUCUCUAAUUGUAAUUGAGAUGAUUUAUGUGGAAAUUUCUGAUUCUUUUAGAACGUUAUUUCAUAAUUUGUCUCAAAAAAACUUUUACUGACUUUGUAUUAAUUUGUACUUUUGAGUAAUGAAUAAAGUCUACAAAGAA